GGGCUAAGCUCGAGUAGCAGCGGGGGGCGACGCAUGCGCAACCAUAAUCGCAUCGAUAUACAAACACGUGCUACAACUACACCAAACUACACACACACAAAUACAUAUACGUAUUGAUGCACACAUAUAAAUAACAAUAUACAUACGGCAGACACAUACGCCGCUGCUGCACUUUAUCAAAUAAAGAGGCACACACACACAAAGACGCAAACGGUGUAUAAUAAUUGUGCGUGGAUUUGUUAUGUUGGAUGCGUGUGAGUGAAUUAAUUUUGUUUGCCACCUAGGUAUUAGUUGACAAUCCGCCUGUUUGUGCUUCCAUCCAUCAGUUCAGACCGGGCAAGAGCAGAAAGGGGUUGGAGUCUGUAUUCUUUACGGUUACGAGGGAAGGAAGCGUCGCAAGUACACGGAAUAAUUGCUCAUAAACGAAAUUCUUAUUGGACAAGAUGUUCCCAAACAAUUAUUAUGGGACCAAUAAUGGUGGUGAUGUUGCAAUGGUGAACCAGAAUGGUGGUGCUGGGGAUGGUUCAUUCGACAGGACCAAACUAAUUGUCAACUACAUACCACAGUUCACCACAGAAGAAGACCUAAUGGGUAUAUUCAUGCAAGUCGGUGAUCUAGAAAGCAUCAGGAUUAUGAGAAAUCCACGUAGUGGAUAUAGUUAUGGUUAUGGCUUUGUUAAAUACAUCAAAGAGGAAGAUGCUGCAAAAGCCAUUGAGAAUUUCAAUGGUCUUCAAUUCAGAAACAAAAAUUUGAAAGUUUCAUACUCGAGGCCACCCAGCCAGGCAACUAAAGAUUCAAACCUGUACAUCUCAAAUUUGCCUAAAGAAUUUACAGAAGACAAUCUUGUUGAUAUGUUCUGCAAAUAUGGUGAAAUUAUACAGAAGAAUUUGCUUAAAGACAAGAACACUGGAUUGCCGCGCGGCGUUGCGUUCGUCCGUUUUGCACGUGGAGAUGAGGCUCAAGCAGCUAUCGCCGAAUUGGACGGUCUCAAGCUGGACAACUGCCCCUUCCCAAUAAGUGUUCGUGUUGCUGAUGACCACACCAAACAGAGAUCUCAGAUGAUCGAGCAACAAAUGCAUAUGUGCAACAGGCAAGGUAAAAUGUACUACCACCAUUAAACCGCAACCGAAAGUAACGUCAACGUCAAAUACAAGAAAAAAGAAAUGAAAAUAAUAUUAAAAAUAAAUAAUAAUAUAGUGGAUAAUAUUUGUGAUCAGACGCGGGAAAGACAUUGGCGUUAUGGAUUUAAAAUAAACAACAGAAAAGAUUAAAAAUUAAAAUAAAAGAGCUUUAUCCAAUAUAUAUAAUAUAUAUAUAAUUUCUUCUGUAUCUGUUAAAAUAGUAAGAUAUGAAUUUUAUUUUUGUGACUUUAAUAUUUUUGGAUACAGAAGAGCAUUUUAUAAGUUCAAAACUGAAAAAGUUUCGAUUAGUUAUUUAAGUUAUAUAAAAUGGAUUUUUUUUUGUGAAGAGAAUAUUUAUAUUUUUUUUUUCUGUGUGCGUAUUUUUUUUUAGAAUUUUAUAUCCAAUAUAAUUUUUCUUAUGUAAGCCACUAAACACCACUUUAACUCCUCCCAACCACACGCAAACCAAACCACCUUACAACACAAAUUGCUUAUAAGAUUGAUGAAAGACGCGCGCGUUUUUGUUUUCUUUUGUUUUUAUUUAAUUCCGACUUCUCUGAAAUUCCAAAUCUUCUGGAUGAUUAUUACAAUUUUACGAAAUCUUAGGUUGUUUUUCUAUUAGAGGCGGCUGUCAUACGAUGCCUAACAGGGGACACGUAAGGAAUAAUACCGCAAAUCGUUAUUUGGGCGGAGGCGGCGACUUCAAU